GCAUGUUACACGGGGGAAACUGAGGCUCGGAGUACGACAGUCAGCCAAGGUCACCCCCGCCCAGGGCAGGGAAGGGGUGGGGGCCGGGGACCGGCUGAGCGUGCGGGAUCCCUGGUCCCUGCUCUGUCCACAGGAUCCCAGCAUGACGGCGGCGUUGAUGGAGUUGGCGCAGAUCUCUGUGACCUUUGAGGAUGUGGCUGUGACAUUCACUCAGGAGGAGUGGGGGCAGCUGGACCUGAGCCAGAGGACCUUAUACCAGGAGGUGAUGCUGGAAACCUGUGGGCUUCUGGUUUCUCUGGGCUAUCCUUUGUCCAAACCAGAGCUGAUCUACCAGCUGGGGCAUAGGCAGGAGUUAUGCACAGUGAAGAAAGACCUCUCCCUAAGCUCCUGUUCAGGUGACAGUGCAAAACCCAAGAACAGCGAGCCUACACCUUCUCACUUGGCCUUGCCUGAGGAAGUCUCACUCCAGGAACGACUGACACAGGGAGCCUCAAAGCACUCCCAGAUGGGGCAAGCCAAGGAUCAGGAUGGGCCAUCUGAAAUGCAGAAAGGCCACUUGAGACCAGGGAUAGACCCCCAGAAGGAGAAGCUCCCUGAAAAAAUGAGCCCUGAACAUGUUGGUUUGCGGACAGCUGUGUGUUCAAGGAAUAUACAGGAGCAAUGUCCUCCAGAAGAUGCUCUUUAUGACUGUGACUCUCAUGGACCAGUAACAGAGCCCCUGAUUUAUGAAUGGAAAAAUUCCUAUGAAUGCGAGGAAUGCGGGAAAGUGUUUAGCAAGAAUUGCCUCCUCGUGCAACAUGAACAGAUUCACACUCGCAUGAAACCAUAUGAAUGCACAGAGUGCGGGAAGACCUUUAGCAAGAGUACACACCUCCUUCAGCACCACGUUAUCCAUACUGGGGAGAAGCCCUAUGAGUGCAUGGAGUGUGGGAAGGCCUUCAACCGCAGGUCACACCUCACACGGCACCAGCGGAUUCACACUGGGGAGAAGCCUUAUAAGUGCAGUGAAUGUGGAAAGGCCUUCACCCACCGUUCUACUUUUGUCUUGCAUAACAGGAGCCACACUGGAGAAAAACCCUUUGUGUGCAAAGAAUGUGGCAAAGCCUUUAGAGAUAGGCCAGGUUUCAUUCGACACUACAUCAUCCAUACUGGAGAGAAGCCCUAUGAGUGUAGUGAGUGUGGGAAGGCCUUCAACCGCCGGUCAUACCUCACAUGGCACCAACAGAUUCACACUGGAGCGAAGCCCUUUGAAUGCAAUGAAUGUGGGAAAGCCUUUUGUGAGAGUGCAGACCUCAUUCAACACUACAUCAUCCACACCGGAGAGAAGCCUUAUAAGUGCAUGGAGUGUGGGAAGGCCUUCAACCGCAGGUCACACCUCAAGCAGCACCAGCGGAUUCACACUGGGGAGAAGCCUUAUGUGUGCAGUGAAUGUGGAAAGGCCUUCACUCACUACUCCACUUUUAUCUUGCAUAAAAGGGCGCACACUGGAGAAAAACCCUAUGAAUGCUGUAGGAAGGCCUUCAACCGCCGGUCACACCUCACAAGGCACCAGCGGAUUCACACUGGAGAGAAGCCCUAUGAAUGCAUCGAGUGUGGAAAAGCCUUUUGCAGGAGUGCAAACCUCAUUCGCCAUUCUAUCAUCCACACUGGAGAGAAGCCGUAUGAGUGCAGUGAAUGUGGAAAGUCCUUCAAUCGCAGCUCAUCGCUCACUCAUCAUCAAAGGAUUCAUACUAGGAGAAACCCUACCAGUUUAACAGAUGUGGGAAGAUCUUUUACAAAUGGGCAAACCUCAGUCAGUAUCCAAGAACUAAUAGGGAAAGAUUUUUUGAAUGUAACCACUGAAGAAAAUCUGUGCUCAGAGGAAACAUCUUACUCAGCAUCUGGCCAUUCAUGCCAAAAAGAAAUCCCAUAAGCGUCAUAUCUAUGAGAAAACCUGUCUCAGAUCACCAUUUGUCAUUUAAAGAAUCAUGUUAAUAAUUCAAUCUAAUUGACCCAGCCUAUUCUACAUCUGAGGAUUCCUCCAUGAGAAAGACCCAUUGCUUACUGUGCACUUAGAAAAACCUUCAGCCACAUCUUUCUUAUUAGUUUACAGGGAAAUGUUAUCUCAGGGAUAUUUAAACAAAGAAGGAGACAUAGAAAAGAGAAAGAAAUUCAAGCACAGCUUCAUUCACACUUCCCUAAAAAGCCCAUAGCAAUUUGCCUUCCCAUUCUUAUUUCAUCUGGGGAGAGGGGAAUAUCAUUUCAGGUACACAAGAGCU